ACAAGUUUCGUGAUGGAGUGUCCUAGAAUAUUUAUCUUCUUCUUGCUGUCGGCAAUUCUGUUCAACUACACCAAUGACGUUUCCAUAAACGUGGCAGCAACAAACGUCGGCUUAAACUACGGCCUCCUCGGAGACAACCUCCCGUCUCCAUACGAUGUUAUCAGCCUUUACGAGUCCAUAGGCGUUACCAAAAUCCGAAUCUUCGACCCGAACACAGAGGUUCUUAACGCCUUACGCGGAAACCGUAAUAUUAGUGUCAUCGUAGGCGUCAAGGACCAAGACUUGGCUGCUCUUGCGGCCAGCGAAGUAGCUGUUGAGGACUGGUUUGCGACUAACAUCGAGCCUUACUUAUCCGACGUCAACAUCACCUCCAUUACCGUUGGUAACGAAGUCAUCCCUGGACCAAUCGGUCCACAAGUGCUUCCCGUCAUGCAGUCUCUUACCAACCUUGUCAAGUCAAGGUGUCUUCCGAUCUUGAUCAGCACCGUGGUGGCUAUGUCGAACCUCGGACAGUCGUAUCCACCUUCCGCAGGAAUGUUCACGCCUCAAGCGCGUGAACAACUCGUUCCUGUGCUGACAUUCUUGUCUCAAACGAAUACGCCAAUCCUCGUCAACAUCUACCCAUACUUUGCUUACUCGUCCAAUCCCGUCAACAUAAGUCUCGAUUAUGCCAUCUUCAACACCAAAGAUGUCGUGGUUGAGGAUGGGACAAUGCAGUAUUCAAACAUAUUUGAUGCGAUUUUCGACGCUUUCGUGUGGGCAAUGGAGAAAGAGAACGUGAUGGAUUUAUCCAUGGUUGUGACAGAGACUGGAUGGCCUUCGGCCGGUAAUGGAUACUUAACAACACCAGACAUUGCGGCUACGUACAAUGGAAAUUUUAUCAAACAUGUUGAAAGCGGUGUAGGGACACCAAAGAGGCCAAACUGUAGCAUUGAAGGGUUUUUGUUUGCGACUUUUAACGAGAAUCAGAAACCGGCUGGAACUGAACAGAACUUUGGGUUGUACAAUCCUACUGAUAUGAAGCCAAUUUACAAGUUGUUUUGAUUUUAGAUUCUUGAAUCUUGGACUCU